CUCCCUCCAAAAUUUCGGAGGGUCGCUUCGGGUUCCCGCGAUCGGGCAAAAGCUUCAAAAGACGGCGACAGCUCUGAGCUCUCAUCUCCGUUCGAAUCGGCGCAGCGUUGCGGGAGGUAACGUCUCUUGUUUCUUUCGGCUCGCAUUAUUGUCCGGAAUAAGGGUGAACGGAGCUCUCUUCUGCCUUGAUUGUGUAAAGAUUGCUCAGGGAAUGACCCAACGGGUCCCUGGAAGGAGUUUGAUGUGCCGGGAUAGUCGUAUGCUGUAUAAACCGCCUUGUCUGGGUCGGUAAAUAAGUGGGUAGUGGUCAAAUUUCUCUGUCAAGUACGAGAAACUGAGAGGUUGAAGCAUUUCCAUGGCAUUGGUUUUCUACUUAUCGUCUGGUUUUUGAUUCCUCUUUUGGCAGAAGCAGGACAUAAGAAUUCAUCCUUAGCUCCUUUUUCUGUUGGGGAGUGUAUGCACAUAAGUCCCAUUAUCGUUGAGUGACCAUUUUGUUCUAUUCUUGACCCGGAGCAGCGUUUGGUUUACGACAUGGAUGGGGAAGAGGCCUCUUCCGAGCUUGUUGUUGAGAAGUUGGUUGAAAUGGGGUUUGAGUAUUCUUCAGCGAAGGAAGCCGUAGAAACUGUUGGUUCAUCGGUAAAUGAUGCGGCUGAUUAUAUUUUGAAUGGUGCUCGUAGAAGUAGUUGGGGCGCAUCGACUAGUUCUACAUGCUCUACGAUGAAUAAGAAGGCUCUAGGGAAAAGAUCAGUCUCGUUCACUGAUCCCCCGGGAAAAAUGCGGCAGUCUAGCAUACUGGACCAUUUUAGAUCGAAUUGUCUGAGCAAAAGAAACAAGGUUGAUGCGGUUGCUGAUAUGCCGAUUUGUGGUUCAGACUCCUCUUCAUGUCCUGUGGAUGGACAACUUGGAGCUUUUGAUAAUAUACAUGCCGAACCCAAGAGUACAUCGGAGCUGCUUUCAAUUGACUGCUCGAAAGAGCACGAGAUUGGUCCUGAGUGGGGGCAGAAAGUUAACAGUCUAUUGCAGAAGCGGUUUGGGCAUUCAUCCCUCAAGGGUUUCCAGAAGGAAGCUUUAGCUGCUUGGAUAGCCCACCAAGACUGCCUUGUUCUUGCCGCCACUGGAUCUGGUAAUAAUUUAUUAGUUUAUGUGUACACAGAUACCGCAAAGCUCAUGAAAGUUAUUAAUUCUAUUUGUCCAGGCAAGUCUAUGUGUUUUCAGAUUCCAGCACUAUUGACAGGGAAGGUCGUGGUUGUGAUUUCCCCAUUGAUAAGCUUGAUGCACGAUCAGUGCCUUAAGCUCGCCAACCAUGGGGUCUCUGCCUGCUUUCUUGGGUCAGGGCAGCCCGACAACACUGUAGAACAGAAAGCUAUGAAAGGAAUGUAUGACUUGAUAUAUGUUUGCCCAGAAACUGUUUUAAGACUUAUUGCACCUCUUCAAAAGCUUGCAGCAGGUCGAGGAAUUGCAUUAUUCGCAAUCGAUGAAGUGCACUGUGUUUCAAAAUGGGGCCAUGAUUUUCGGCCCGAUUACAGGAGACUGUCUGUGCUGAGGGAGAACUUCAGCACUUCUAAUUUGAAGUUCUUACAAUUUGACAUACCACUGAUGGCAUUGACUGCUACUGCCACCAAUUGUGUGCGGGAAGACAUUAUCGAGUGUCUUUGCAUGUCAAAAGAAACAAAGAUUGUGCUCACCUCAUUUUUCCGAUCUAAUCUACGCUUCUCGGUAAAACACAGCAGAACAUCUUCACCAGCUUCAUACAGAAAUGAUUUUCUCGAAUUAAUAAAUACUUACUCUUCGAGAAAAAGAAACGGUGAAGAGCAGAUGCUUAUUUCCAUUGAAGAUUUAGAUGAUAAAUCUAGAAGCUCCUAUGAUUCUUCAGAUAGCAGUACAUCUGAGGUAGAUGAAGACAAUAGUGAAGUCAAUCCAAGCAAAAGUUCAGCUUCUUCGAAGAAAAGAGAACUGACAGUUGAAUUUUUGGAAGAUGAGACUGAUGUUUUUCAGGAUGUAAAUGACUGGGAUGUUUCCUGUGGGGAAUUUGGCGGACAAUCUAAUGGUGAGAACUAUGAUCAUUUUGUCACAUUAGAUGCACCAGUAAAGCUCGAUGAGAGAAUGAAACUUCAGCAGGAAUCUUUAGGCCAUGGGCCAACUAUAAUAUAUGUUCCAACAAGGAAAGAAACAGUGAGCAUUGCAAAGUUUUUGUGCCAAUUCGGGAUCAAGGCUGCAGCUUACAAUGCACGGUUGCCAAAAUCACAUCUGAGACGGGUCCACAAGGAGUUCCAUGAAAACCACUUAGAGGUUGUCGUUGCGACUGUGGCUUUUGGAAUGGGAAUUGACAAGUUAAAUGUCAGGCGAAUCAUUCACUAUGGGUGGCCUCAGAGUUUAGAAGCGUACUAUCAAGAAGCAGGUCGUGCUGGAAGAGAUGGAAAACUAGCUGACUGCAUAUUGUAUGCCAACCUAUCAAAGAUACCAACUCUCUUGCCAAGUAAAAGAAGUGAGGAUCAGGUCAAACAAGCAUAUAAGAUGCUGUCUGAUUGUCAUAGGUAUGGAAUGAACACCUCCUGGUGCCGAGCUAAAAUACUUGUAGAGUACUUUGGGGAGGAUUUUAGUGGCAAGAAGUGCCUCUUGUGUGAUGUAUGCGUCAAAGGACCUCCAGAAAUCGUGAAUGUGAAAGCAGAGAGGCAGCAGCAAUAUUUAGACGGAUCAUAUGAUUGCUAUGGAUCAAGCAGUGGCAUGAAAAGGUCCAGAUAUAUGGAGAGGCCAAACCUCAGAACGAUUGUCAGUAAAAUAAGGGAGCAGACUCCUAAGUUUAUGGCAACUGAUAUGCUAUGGUGGCGUGGCCUUGCACGAAUAGUGGAAAAUAAGGGGUACGUCAAGGAAGGAGAUAACAAGGUCCACGUUCAGAUUAAGUACCCUGAAUUAACUAAAAAGGGAAUGGACUUUAUAGAAUCGGAAGGUGAGGAAGAUUUCUACAUCUUUCCUGAAGCGGAUAUGCUUUUGUCUGUCAGCAAAACUCGCUCGUUUUCCACCUUUCAAGAAUGGGGAAAAGGCUGGGCAGAUCCUGAGAUUCGUCGGCAGCGACUAGAAAGGAAGAGAACUACUAGGAACAGGAAACCCCGUAAGGGGAAAUGGAUGUCGAAGAAGCUAAAAUCUGAUCAGUCUACAGUUCGGGGAAGGUUAGCAGCAAAAUUGACAAAAGCUAGCCGGUAAUUAAUGGUAGUUCAAUUGCCUAGACUUUCCCAUGUGGUAGUUGAAUCUCUGGAGUUCACCCUCUUGCAUUUAACUCAAGUACCCUCCCGAGUGUUCUGUCGCGUCAAAGAGAUAAUGUUUACUAUGAUCCAAAUCUUGAGUGAUUGGAAAGAGGCGCGGGAAAUGAGUUUUGAAGAACAUAUUCAAACAUGCAACUGAUGUACGGUGAAGAUUAGUAUGAAUGGUCUCUAGUGGAGUUUUUCAUGUCAUA